AUGUGGUACUUUACAUCUCGUGCUGAUUUCCCAUUCAAUAUUCAAGUUGGACAAGGUGACGAUGGACAAUUAACACGUGUGUUAUUUUCCACUUCAGGACAAAAUGUUUCAACUAACGAUUGGACAUUAAUCAAUGUUACAUUACCAUCUGAGGAGCUGAAGAUAUUUAUUCGAUUGAAUGUCACAAGCCAACCGUUAACAUUCGAUGAUUUUUCAGUCGAGUAUUGCGAUGGAGCAAGUCCAGUACCUCCCAAAAUGUUUGAUUUAUGUGAUUUUGAAUCGUCAUGUAGAGAUGAUUUUGUUUCUUUAACUCAAUAUGCAUAUCAAUGGUCAAUUCUCAAUGCGAGUGAUGCUGUCAAAAUAAACAGAGCGGCACCGGCUGUGGAUUUUACUUUUGGAAAUGUAUCAGGUCAUUAUGCAUUAAUAUGGAAUGUUUCGAGAGGUCUUGGUUAUCUUCACGCACAAAAACAAAUUGAAAUCAUAUCAAAUGAAUCGUAUUGUUUGAAUUUUCGAUAUUAUGGUACUCAAGGACCGAAUAGAUUUCAAACAUAUUUAUCAAUUUAUUCGUGGAAAUCCAAUGAAACGAAAACAAUUGAAAAACUUUGGCCAACAGGAGAUAUACAUCGAUAUGAAUAUACGUUCAACAGAUGGAGUUGGGGUGUUGUCAGUUUACCUACUGGUAAUUAUUCACUUUUAUUUCGUGUGUUUAAUGGAGAUUUCUAUCCAAGUACAUUUGCUAUUGAUAACAUUGCUAUCGUUUCAUGUGACUAUUCUCCUUUUCCCACAACUGCAUCUCUCCUUUCGUUUUCUUGUGAUUUUGAUCAUUCGAGUACAUGUGGAAUGAUAAAUGGCGCACGAUCGUCAAAGACCGUUUUCAAUUUUACUCUCUCGACUGGUGAGACAAUACCUAACAAAAAUCUUGGUCCAACUCGUGAUCAUACAACAAAUUCAACAUCCGGUGGUUUUCUCUAUUGGAAUCGACAAUUUCCAUUGACUUCGACUGAUUCUGGAGCAAUAUCCACGACAACAGCUGUUACUGAAAAUUUUGAUCUUUGUAUUAAAUUUGCUUAUUACGUCAAAUCAACACUGAUUAACCAAAAUGCAACAAACAUCCUUCUUCUCGGAUCGGGUUUUCCGCAAGUUAAAUGGUCUCGAUCAUUGGAUGAUAGUCAAGGAUGGCAAAUCGCUGUUGUUCCUGUUAAUGAUUAUUUGUAUGACAAAACUUUUUCUUUAUAUGUCAAUCAAACACAAUCAGUACCGGUAUCUGUCGCUUUUGAUGAUAUUGACAUGGAUCAAUGCAGUACUUUUACACCGACAACAACCACUACGACGACUACUACAACAACAACUUCGACUACGACCACGUUCGCAACAACAACAACAAGUACUACUUCUGCAACGACUAGCACGACGGUUACUCGAAAAACAUCGACUACGGUUCCAACUACUCCAAGUAGUGCUCAUCGAUCAAUGUUUUUUAAUGAGCACAAUUUCGUCGUCAUUUUUUGUGCGUGGAUGGUUUGCCAAAAAUAUUUGUGCUAA